GCUGUGGUCAUCCCGGGUAGGGCCAUCCUCAACGUGCUGUCCGUGUAUCCUGCGCUGCUACAUCCUGCGACGGACCGGCUGGUGGACAUGGCAGAGUGCAUCAAGGAGCGUCUCCUGACAAAAACAGAAGUUGCCAGCUCGCUCAACUUGUUCUUUGGCUGCGACUUGGGAUUCGUCAACGAUGUGGCCAGCAGUGGGGAGAGGCGCCUGCUCUUCGCUGGGGAGACAGUGGUGCAACAGGGUGGUACGGCGGGGACCCUCUUCGUGCUGGAGCAUGGCCGCGUGAGCAUCCAGAUCGCGGGUCUUGGCACCGUGAACGAAGUGCCAGCUGGCAACUGCUUCGGCGAGCGGACGUUGAUCGGAAUCGCGAAGGAGGCGAAUGCCACGGUGCGUGUGUUCACGCCCUUCGCUUUGGUCUUGGCGAUCGCCAGGCCUUCCCUACACAAGGCUCUCAAGAAGCAUCCUGUUGAGACA